GAUGUGUGUUCUUUACAUGCCAAAAAACACAACUGAGCCACAUAGAACAAACCUAUUCCGAAGAGUUGCUCACGAGGCCAUUUUGGGAUCUAAAAACAUUUUGUGGAUUUUCAGAGUCAACAAUGGGGAGAGAUCCUACUGUGGUUAUAUGGCUGAUGCUGACUUUGGGAGUAGUCACAGCUCAAAUAGAUAAGGUGGAGCGGGCACUGCCACAGUGGCUGACAGGCAUCAUAGCUGUGGCUGUGUUUCUCUUCCUCAUCUUCGUGGCGUUUCUGGUCAACAAGGCCUGGUGUCAGGACUCGAGGCCUGACACCAAAGAAUGUGAGUGUGGGAAGACCCCUGGGUAUGCCAACACCAAUGGAGACAGCUAUGAUACCAGCCUGGACAUGUUCAGGAGCAGAGAUCACGAGGGUGCAUAUGAGAACAUGGACCUCGAAGGUAUUGAAGACAAAGUCACUGUCAUGUGACCAAUGAGAACCAAUAGAAGCCACCAAUCUGUGGUUUGUCGUGGACGCGCGCACACACACACACACACACACACACACACGUAGUUUCAGAGACAUGCAAAAGCAAUUUACCAAGAGCAAUCCAAGCAAGUCGCAAAAAGUUUCAAGAUCAGUAGAUAUCCAUUAAAGUGAAUCUUAGAGUGUAGAAUCUUGUCCAACAACUUUCUGAUUUGUUUAAAAAGCUACAGUACAUAUGGGCCUAAUGUGUGAUAGAACUCUUAAAACCCAUUCCUGCAGUCAAAUGACCAAAUCGCCAUCUAGUGGCCUCAUGGGUGGAAUGUUAUUCAUAUUUUUCAUAAUAUCAUAAAACAUUUUUUUACAUUUUUUUACAGAAGAAAAUCUGGUGUUUCUAUUUCAGAUAAUUUUGUUAUACUGUAUUUCAAUCUUCUGUGAUGUAUAUAAAGUGUAAUAUUGGGGUGCAAACUCAAAAUGUAAUACAUUACAACUCUAGAUCUGGUAUGAUACAGGCGUCUUCUUUUUUAUAAGCUCAUAACCAUGUGUGUGAGGUGUAUACUUUUGUUUCAAAGUAGAUUUGUUUAAGACUCCCAAGAAGCACUCUGCAUGACCCUGAUUUAGCCCACUGAAGUAUUAAUAAUAUACAGACAUGAAACAUAAAAGGAACAAUCCUCAUAAAAAUGGAAGCAAUUGAGAUAUUCCUUAACAGUGUAUCAAUGAGACAUGGUAGAAUGACCUCUUAUUAAAAUACAUGUAUUUUAAGGACUGAACAGCCACACUUGAAGAUCAGAGGGAGGACAUGGUGGAAAUGGUUGUGGUCCCCUUGCAUUUAAUAAAACCUCAUCAUCAAA